CUGACCUCCGUAGGAAGACGGUUGGUUUACCGCUGUGGUGGAGGAAGCAUAUCUCAUCCGAUUCGACGACGAGGGGAGAUUCCGCUGCCACUGUUGUUAACAGCGAGCAUAUCUGUAUUAUCUCACAGGCCCUUUUUCCUCCUCGCCUGCCCUCGUCAUACACCUGCAUCAAUCGUUCACCGCUGGAGAAAAAAAAAAAUAAAAAAAAAUAAAAAAAAAGCGAGGCGAGAGGAGACGCGCGCGCACGCGCACACACGAGCACAUCAAGGCGAGCGCGAGAGUGCUGUCUGCUGUCCCCUUUGUCCUUAUCGCCUCCCCUCCUCCCUCUCUGGUUCUCUCGCCGCGCCUAUUGGCUCUCCGCCACGCCCCGCAUCUUUUCUCGCCCCCUACCUCUGUUCCUUCUUUUGCCUAACCUUUCCCCUUUUCUCUCCACCGCUUUUGACUGAUUUGUCCUCUCCUCCUCCUCCUUUGGGAUGCGCGUGCUCCGCUCUUGGGAUUUCAGACACAGAUUGGAAGCAGCGGCGGUAGAGAAGUUACCGAUUCCAUCCUUGUCGCCAUCAAGACGCCGUGGUUCGUGGAGAGGUGCUGAAGCAGCGGCGGCAGAGAAGUUACCGAUUUCAUCCUUGUCGCCAUCAAGACGCCGAGGUUCUUGGAGAGGGGCUGCUCGCUGAUGACGAUGACCUCCUCCAAGAAGAAGUCGCCCUCUUCGGGGCGCUACGAGUCGGAGCAUGUGAUGAACUACAGAGGAGGCUCGGUCCUCGGCAAGAAGACCAUCCUCAAGAGCGAUCACUUUCCCGGCUGCCAAAACAAGCGGUUGACCCCCCAAAUCGAUGGCGCCCCCAAUUAUCGCCAGGCUGGUUCAUUGCAUGUUCAUGGGGUUGCUAUACCUACAAUAGAUGGGAUCCAGAAUGUACUUAAUCAUAUUGGAGCAAAACAAGACUUAAAGAAAAAAGGUGUCCUGUGGCACAAUCUUCGAGAAGAGCCUGUUGUCUACAUCAAUGGCCGCCCCUUUGUCCUACGAGAUGUUGAAAGGCCUUUCUCCAAUCUUGAGUACACGGGAAUCAACAGGGCUAGAUUGGAGCAAAUGGAAUUUCGGCUGAAAGAAGACAUCUUGCGAGAAGCUGCGCGUUAUGGGAAUAAAAUCCUUGUAACUGAUGAACUGCCAGAUGGCCAGAUGGUGGACCAAUGGGAACCAGUGAUGCAUAACUCUGUCAAAGCACCUUUAGAGGUGUAUGAAGAGCUACAGGAAGAAGGAUAUCUUGUUAAUUAUGAGCGUAUUCCUAUUACAGAUGAAAAAUCCCCAAAAGAAGGAGAUUUUGAUGAUUUGGUGCAUACAAUCUCUCAAGUCAAUUUAGACACAGAAAUAGUUUUUAACUGUCAGAUGGGGCGAGGACGAACAACGACUGGUAUGGUGAUAGCUACUCUGGUAUAUCUCAACCGAAUAGGGGCAUCAGGUAUUCCACGGACUACUUCAAUUGGAAAAGUCUUUGCUUCUGAUGGUGAUGUUACUGACUAUCAACCAAACUCUGAAGAAUCAAUAAGGAGAGGUGAAUAUACUGUAAUAAGAAGUUUAAUUCGUGUCCUAGAGGGUGGUGCAGAAGCCAAAAAGCAAGUGGAUAAAGUCAUCGACAAAUGUGAUUCUAUGCAGAACCUAAGAGAAGCUAUUGCUACAUAUCGCAAUAGCAUUCUUCGCCAACCAGAUGAGAUGAAGAGGGAGGCAUUGCUUUCAUUUUUUGUUGAAUAUUUGGAACGCUACUACUUCCUCAUCUGCUUUGCUGUCUACGUCCACACAGAGAGAGCUGCUCUUCAUUCGGUUUCAUCUGAUCAAAUAAGUUUUUCUGAGUGGAUGAGGGCAAGGCCUGAACUUUAUAGUAUACUUCGCCGGUUGCUACGGAGAGACCCAAUGGGUGCUCUUGGCUAUUCAAGCUUGAAGCCUUCUUCAACAAAGAUUUCUGAAUCUACUGAUCACAGUCCAUAUGACGUGGGUGUGGUUGCUGCUAUGAGGAAUGGUGACGUUCUCGGAAGUCAGACAGUUUUAAAAAGCGAUCACUGUCCUGGUUGCCAGAAUCUUAGUUUGCCGGAAAGAGUGGAUGGUGCACCUAAUUUUCGGGAUGCUACUGGGUUUCCAGUUUAUGGUGUUGCGAAUCCCACAGUCGAUGGUAUUCGAGUCGUUGUUCAGCGAAUCAGAAGUAAAGGCGGACGGUCAGUUUUAUGGCAUAAUAUGCGAGAAGAGCCAGUUAUCUAUAUAAAUGGGAGGCCUUUUGUGUUGCGUGAGGUGGAAAGGCCAUACAAAAACAUGCUGGAGUACACAGGAAUUGAUCGUGAGAGGGUUGAGAGAAUGGAAGCUCGGUUAAAGGAGGAUAUUCUUCGGGAGGCAGAGUUUUAUGGUGGUACAAUUAUGGUGAUUCAUGAGACAGAUGAUGGGCAAAUAUUUGAUGCAUGGGAACAUAUAGAUGCUGAAUCUAUUCAAACUCCAUUGGAUGUCUACAAACAUUUAGAAGCCGAAGGUCUUCCCAUUAAAUAUGCACGUGUGCCGAUUACUGACGGUAAAGCUCCUAAAAGUUCAGAUUUUGACGAAAUAGCAUCAAACAUUGCUUCAGCACCCAAGGAUACAGCUUUUGUGUUUAAUUGCCAGAUGGGCCGCGGCAGGACAACUACGGGAACUGUAAUUGCAUGCCUCGUGAAGCUUCGCAUUGAUCAUGGAAAACCUAUUAAAAUGCAGCAAGAUGACACGUACCACGAGCACUUGGACAUUGGCUCCUCAAGUGGUGAAGAAUCCAUAGGUGAUAACGGACCACCUAUUUCAGAUCUACUGAAAUCUGUGGAUGGAAAAGAACCACGUUGUACUUUUGGAAUUGAUGACAUCCUUCUAUUAAGGAAGAUAACAAGAUUAUUUGACAAUGGAAUUGAGUGCAGGGAGGUUUUGGAUGCUAUUAUUGACAGAUGUUCAGCUUUGCAGAAUAUACGUCAAGCAGUGCUACAGUACAGGAAGGUUAUCAAUCAACAGCAUGUGGAGCCAAGAGUAAAGAGGGUUGCGCUAAAUCGUGGUGCUGAGUAUUUGGAACGUUACUUCAAGUUGAUUGCUUUCUCAGCAUAUCUUGGAAGUGAAGCAUUUGAUGGUUUCUGUGGGCAAGGUGAAACUAAGAUCUUGUUCAAAACUUGGCUGCACAGGAGGCCAGAGAUCCAGACAAUGAAAUGGAGCAUCAGAUUACGACCUGGGCGGUUUUUCACUGUUCCUGAUGAUUCAAAAGCAUUUUAUGAAGCUCAGGAUGGUGAUGUGGUGAUGGAUGCAGUAGUCAAGUCUCGCAAUGGGUCUGUCUUGGGAAAAGGUUCCAUACUUAAAAUGUACUUCUUUCCUGGACAAAGAACUUCAAGCUGCAUGCAGUUUAAGGGUACACCACAUAUAUAUAAGGUGGAUGCUUAUCCAGUGUAUAGUAUGGCAACUCCAACAAUUGAUGGUGCAAGAGAAGUUUUAUCCUAUCUAGGUGCUGGUGAUCCAGCUAGCAUGAAUCAUGGUCAAAAAGUUAUCAUUACAGAUCUGAGAGAGGAAGCUGUUGUUUACAUUAAUGGUUCACCCUUUGUUCUUAGAGAAUUAGAUAGGCCUGUUGAUACACUCAAACAUGUUGGGAUUUCUGGUCCACUGGUUGAACAUAUGGAAGCAAGGUUGAAGGAGGAUAUAUUUGCUGAGGUAACUCAAUCUGGUGGCCAAAUGCUUCUGCAUCGUGAAGAGUAUAAUCCAGUUUCAAAUCAGAUAAGUGUGAUUGGUUACUGGGAAGAGAUUUCAUUAGAUAAUGUGAAGACUCCUGCCGAAGUAUUUGCAGCAUUGAAAGCUGAUGGCUAUAGAAUUGAAUAUAAAAGGAUACCUCUUACAAGAGAAAGGGAAGCAUUAGCUGUGGACGUUGAUGCAAUACAAUAUUGCAAGGAUGAAUUUGCUAGGUAUUCCCUUUUCAUUUCACACACUGGCUUUGGUGGGGUUGCGUAUGCAAUGGCUAUUACAUGCCUUGGCCUCAGUGCUGACAUGAAAUUCGCAUCGGAGCAGACAGUCGAGACACACUUUGUGUCAACUUCACCCUUUCAAACCUUGCCUUUUCAGUCAUCUGGAGAAGAUGCUUUAAAACAGGGUGACUACCGUGACAUUCUAAGCCUCACUAGAGUGCUGGUUUAUGGUCCAAAGAGCAAAGAUGAGGUUGACAUGAUAAUUGAAAGGUGUGCUGGUGCUGGGCAUUUACGAGAUGACAUUUUGCACUAUAAGAAAGAAUUUGACAAGUGUCCUAGUGAUGAUGAUGAGAGUAGGUCAUACCUCAUGGAUAUGGGCAUUAAAGCUUUAAGGCGAUACUUCUUCCUUGUCACCUUCAGGUCUUAUCUUUAUUGCUCUUCUCCAACUGAAACAAGCUUUUCGGCUUGGAUGGAGGCCAGGCCUGAACUUGGUCAUCUCUGUGAUAACCUGAAACUUGAUUAGUAACUAACAUUUCAUCCUCCUGUGAAAGUUUUAUAUGAACAUGAUGCCAGCGAAGUUGUUCAAAAUAAGAAGAUUAGAAGGUAGAGAACACGAAGCAAACACAAGAAAGAAAGGGCUAUUCUUGUAAAGCAUUAGUGUAAUCCAAACUAUGAGUGUACAGUGGCUUUAUAUUAGUGACCCGGUGCUGCAUGGUGCAGCAACAACCUUUUUCUGACCAUUCUAAUUGCUAUAGGAGGUUUAAGAUAUAGAAAAGCAUCCAUAGCAAUAACCCGGUGUUGUAAUGAACGAUGAUGACUCAUCUCCGAAGUUGUCCAUUCGUUAUGAUUGUGCUAUAGGUCAAUAUGUUUGUUUAAUGCAUUGUUGAAGUUAUAUAUAUAUAUGGGUUACUCAA